CGCCCCCUCUGCUUUUUGUUGUUUUUGUUUUUCCACCCCGUUUCUUUUAAACGCAGCUGAGCUGUUUGCCCCUCUUUGAACGCACCAGUUGAGCGCGCCUUGUUAAACCUUUGGACACGCUGAGCAGCCAGACGACGGAGAGGAGGAGGAGAAGAGGCGACGGGCCGCCUCUUCGCGGGAUGAUAUCCUCAUUUACUCAUUUCCUUUCAAUGGAAUAAUUUGUGUUCCCGUAAGAGUUGCCGGUUUGUCAGGGAUCUGCUGUUUAAACUCAUGAGACGUUAUAUAAGGCGAAUAACGGACCUCGAUGAGAGCGUGUGUGACAGCGCAGCGGCACAAUAAUCUGGCAGGGUUUGGCACCGGAGAGGCGACAGAAGCGUUGGACCCUUUGAUUUUUUUUUUAAUUUAUUUAUUUAUUUUUUAAUGUAUGUGCGUUCAAACGCGUUAAAUACUGAUUUAUCCACGUCGCUAGCUAGCUUGUAACCCGCUGCCGGUGCUGGUCCAUUCACUGCCGUGUGUGUCCGAUUUAAUUUAGCUAGGCGGCUAACCAAGACGCGUCGCUGCCGCAGAUGAGCUGUGUGCGUAGCGGAAUGAUUACCAGAAGAAGAAGCCUCCACCGGGCUGGCGCUGGUGGCUCAAAUUAAUUGUAGAAACUUGUUUAGUAAUUUUUCUGCCUGAUUGUCAAAUCCAGCUGCGUAGUCCGUGUGUCUGGUCAUACCUGGCGGGGCCCUGUUAUUCAAAAAAACUGACCUGGACGCAAAAGAAUGGGCCCCGGUCUUAAUUUGGAAAACAAAGAAUUAGGCUACUAAGCUGGUUAAGACAGGCUUCUUCUUUUUUUUUUUUUUUUUCUUUAGGACAACUAGCAAGCUGGUUGAUCAGUCAGUCGCUCAGUCUGGACUGUACUGCUCCUUGGUGUGUUUCUCUGCCCCUUAGCUGGAGUAUUUUCUCCUAUUUUUACUGUGUUGUUUCUGCGCUUCACCAUAAUGGGUAGUCAUGCCGGGAGCGCCGGGCCGGUGGAAGUGGAGCCCAUGCCGGGGUACAUAGAGUUCAUCACCAGAUCCACCAUUGUCAUGCUGGACGCAUGGCGAGACUGUAGCAGCUGCGGUCUGGAGCUCAGCAAACGGACUUUCCUGGAUCACGCAUACAUUACCUGGACCGAAAUCGCCCUGUUUGUCUUUUGCGCCUAUUUGUGGACGCAGGUCAGGAGGGGACUGACAGAAAGUCUGUUUAAGCCUCUAGGUCAGUGGUGUAGGCUGCUCCCCAAAGAUGCUGCCAAGAUGCCAGAGAGCGCGUGGAAGCUGGUCUUCUAUACCAUGUCCUGGUCCUACAGCACCUACCUGCUCUUCUUCACCUCCUACUCCUAUUUCCAUGACCCGCCUUCUGUCUUUUACAACUGGAAGAGUGGUAUGUCAGUGCCUACAGACAUCGCCAUAGCCUACCUGAUCCAGGGCAGCUUUUAUGGCCACUCCAUUUAUGCUACAAUCUACAUGGAUGCAUGGAGGAAGGACUCUGCUGUCAUGGUGGUGCACCACAUCAUCACGCUGGCGCUCAUUAGCUUCUCCUACGCCUUCAGAUACCACAACAUAGGGAUUCUGGUGUUAUUCCUGCAUGACAUCAGUGACAUCCAGCUGGAGUUCACCAAGCUCAACGUGUACCUGAAGUCCAGAGGAGGAGGCUAUUACCUACUAAACGACGUGCUGUCCAACUUGAGCUCCGUCAGCUUCAGCAUAACUUGGUUCUGGUUCCGUCUUUACUGGUUCCCCCUCAAAGUCAUGUAUGCCACAUGUGUGUCCAGCCUCCAGUCUGUCCCCAGCAUCCCCUUCUACUUCUUCUUCAAUGCGCUUCUCUUCGCACUGCUUCUCAUGAACAUCUACUGGUUCUUGUUCAUUGUGAUUUUUGUAGUGAAGUUGCUGAAAGUAAAGGAGGUGAACGAUGUUAGAGAGUACGAGGACGAGGACAGCAGUAAGGAUCCUCGGGCAGAAAACAGCGAUGAUGAUGGUGGACAUUACAACUCUGCCCAGGGGAAACAUGUGCAGAACGGGAUCAAGAAGGAGAAGCAUUUAUAACAGGCUCUCCGUCGCCACCACCUGGCACUAGACUGCGAGUAGAAGACACAGACGCCCUCCUUCAAAAUCUAGUAUGUCCUCAAGGAAGAGCAUCGUUAAAAGAAAGGGAAGGGAAAUAUCAAAUUAGGGUCUGAUGACUUUUUAUUCUCUGUAUUUGUUUUUAGAAUAUUUCAAAUCAUCGCUUUCAUUCGAUUUCCAGUUUUGUUUAAUUGGAGCACUGUGAAUGUUAUUUCAGCUGACUUUUUGUCGUACUCAUGUUAACUUUACAUUUGAUAGAUUCAGUAGAAACAAACAGUUUGAAUGCGAGCUGGACUGCGAUUGUCAUGUACAGUUGCAUAGGAUGUUCGGCUCUUUAUGUCACCCUGAACAGCAUCGCAGCACCCAGGCAAGGAAAGGUUUAGGCCUGUAAUGGCUCUGCAGACAUUUAGAUCUUUAGUAAUUCCUAAUUAAUCUUUUCCUCCUUUUCACACCUCCGUCCAUCCUCUCUGGCUUAAGAUAUGAGGAGAAAAGGGGGGAAAAAAACAAACAUGACCUGGUGGUGUAGGAAAGCUUGCCUGGCAUAUUGUGGCUGCUUCAACACAUGUAUUGAUUUUCAUAUCGUGGCACAAGUCAGUGGCUGCAACCAGACAUUUCUAGCCUCCUGCUUUCAGUUAGCUUUAAUUAAAAAGCCAGGCUGUGUUUGUUUCUCUUGUAUUGACCAUCAGCAGGCAUUAGGAAUAUCCUCAUGUCAUUCCUGUAUGGAAAGUUGUUUUUUUGUUUUUUGCCUCAGUAUGUGUCACAAAGCAUCUGUCGCUGCACUGACAUGAAGGCAUGCAAGCUGAUUGCUGGUUUAAUGACAGCAAAUAGCAAGAAUUGAUUGACUGGGUUUCAGUAUCAAAAGAUGUGGAUUUGAUUUUAAUUCAUAACCAAUUUACAGGUGGUGGCGGCCGAUUGUGCAAAAAAAAAAAAAAAAAAAAAGAAACCCCAACAAAAACAAAGAGAUGGAACGAUAGCUGCAAACUUGCGUAAAGAUAAAAAUCAGAAUGACUAAAAAAACCCCAUUAUGUAUGCGCAUAUUAAUGCAUUCAGGAAUGCAUGGCACUGGAAUGAGUUUGGAAAUGCUAUGAAAUUAUCAAAACUGCUAUAGCUAUGUAAUCAUGAAAUCUUUACUAAAUCAUCCUAAAAUGGAUCUUUUUUUGAAGCGGCAGUGACCACCGAACACAAAAAAAAUAACAAAAAGAUCCAAAAAUGUUUCCACAUGUGAAACCAGUGUAAGGGAAGAUUUUUAAAAGAAAUUUUUUUUUUUUUAAUCUAAUUUGUAAAUUGAGUGUGCUAACUUGAACUCGAGUGAAAGGGAGCCAUUUCAUCAGUUUUUCCCUCGACCUUCCCGAUUUACUUUACAGUGUGUUUUGAUGGAAGCUGCUAUAGAAAAUAAGGGAUAUUUCUGUUCUACCUUCUCGAUCAAAUUCGAGCUCUUGUUUCGAUGAACAGCAUGCUUGCGCUGCUGGAGCAGGCCGCGGAUGUCGUCUGCUUUGUCUGUCUUCCACACUCCCCGGAUCAUGUUUAGGGGGUGUUAAAGCUUUUUUUUUUUUUUAAACCUGUUAGUGCAGUAGUUCAGAUUAUCUAUGUUGAUUUAUAUUAAAUUGCUGCUGUUAUUUUCCUGAGAGCACUGUUUGAAUUCCAGAUGUGUCGUUGUUUUUCUGAUGUGUAUGAGUCUGUGAUAGCCUGCCCAGAUGAGAUAUUUUCAGGGACCAGGGUGGAAGUUGUUUUUGUCCGCCUACAUGGCAAACGUCUGGAUCCGACCUCUUCUAUUCAAUCUGAAUGCUGACUCGCACUCAUUUUACUGUAGUCAUUAAACAUCUGUACUGUAAGUGACAUGGUUUAUCCAACAUGUUGCUGCCCCAUCCUGUUUCAGGUGUGAGGCUAGAUAAUCGAUAUUCUGCUGAUGGUUUGUUAUAUGGAUGGAACAUCUGACCUCAGAAUGAACUCUGCAGUAAACCCACAAAGACCCGUGACCUGGAUCAGGUGUGACUCAUCCCCUAAAGUCUGACAAACUACUCUCAACAGGUCCCUCCCACCGUGCUGUACAACAAAGUGGUGCAAUGUCUGGCUGAGUAACUAACUACACCUGGGGUGGGCAAUAUGAUUAUGCACAACACUAGACAGUAUGCGUAUGCUAAACUGCUCCCAUCUUGGUUACUGUCAUUCAAAAUCUCUGUGAAUAUUCUGCUUUUAUGGGCAUGUAAAAUUUCAUGUAAAAUAAAAGUUUGAACACCAUGAGUUCACUUAAUCUUCAGAAAAUAAUGACAUAUAAAUUAUCUGUACCACAACGGGAGAUUUCACCCAUAUUGCCCACCCCCGAUUGUUCACGCAGAGUUGACUAAACCAUCCUGUCUACAUUUUUAUAGAUUUGGCUGAUUUUUACCUGUUGGGAUACAACAGUGGCUUACAACUUAGGCCAUCUUUGGUUGAAGUCGUCUGAAACGUGCUGCUCACGAAGCCCAGUUCAGUCAGACUUCCCUUUACAAAAUGAUCUGAAUGUACAAAAUUGACCUCGUCACUCUCCAUCAGCGUAGACUAAGAAAAUCAGGGAGUGAUGCUAGAAAAGUGUUUAUAAAUGCACCAGUAAACCAGCACAACCAACAGGACCAUGAUAUUACAAGUAGUCUGCUGGAGGCUCUCACCUCAUUACUCCCCAUUCCCAUAUAUUUAAAGAUAUAUAUAUAUUUUU